ACCCGCGCGCGGCCGGGGGCGGGGCCGCGGCCUCCUGGCGGAGCGGCUGCCGCGCGGGGCGGCGGUGGCGGAGCGAUGGCGUGCGGGGGCUUCGCCUGCUCCAAGAACUGCCUGUGCGCCCUCAACCUGCUCUACACGCUGGUGAGCCUGCUGCUGAUCGGAAUUGCAGCAUGGGGAAUUGGCUUCGGCCUCAUUUCUAGUUUCAGAGUCGUUGGAGUGGUAAUUGCAGUUGGAGUCUUCCUCUUCUUUAUUGCCUUAGUUGGAUUGAUUGGUGCAGUGAAACAUCAUCAAGUAUUGCUAUUCUUCUACAUGAUUAUUCUUCUGCUAGUCUUUAUUGUUCAGUUUUCUGUCUCAUGUGCGUGUUUGGCACUAAAUGAGGAACAGCAGAGUGAACUUCUAGAGGUGGGAUGGAGUAACACCAACAGCGCAAGAACAGAUAUCGAGAGAAAUCUGAAUUGUUGUGGAUUCAGAGUUUUUUAUGCGAAUGAAACCUGCGCCGCUGAUUGUCUUAGAACUCUCCACUGUAGACCAUGUGCACCGAUAAUGGAAGAAUAUUCUGGAAUGGUGCUGAGAUUUGUCGGAGGGAUUGGGCUCUUCUUCAGUUUCACAGAGAUUCUGGGAGUCUGGCUGACUUACAGAUACAGGAACCAAAAGGAUCCCCGUGCAAAUCCUAGUGCAUUUAUUUGAUAAGUUUAUAGAGGACUGAAUCUUCUCUCUGCACCCUCUACUUAAAAAUACUGAUUCUCCAUAGUUUGGUAUUUCUCCAUAACAGGUAGUCUACACGUUCCCAAAAUAAAACUCAAGUUCUAUAAGAAAUGUGUAGUUUUCAUAUUUAAUUUCCACUAUUUUUCUUCUAAGAAUCUCUAUCUUAAAGUAGAUGGGUGCAUUCAGUAGCUGGGCAGAGUUGAACUGCUGGUUAAGACUUUGUUGAUCUGAUAUGGUGAACUCUAUACAGUGAGUUUUAUACCACUACUGGGUUAUCUGGUGUAAAAAAAACCCCAGAGGUAUUUUCUGCUGUAUUCAUUGAUUAUAAAAAUUCACAUGAAUUCUCAUUAAGAUGAUAAAAAUUUACGGUGGAUGGUUGGGUAUGGUUUACUUAGGUUUUAGGAUGUACUCUAGUAAACUUUUUUGUCUCCCACUUUCCUGUUAAGGUAAAAGUAGAAGCUAAAGAUGUUAUUUUCUAUAGUGCACAUUAAGUGUAUGUUAAUGACUACUGUAGUUCUUCACCCCUCCUCUUCCCUGUUUGUUUUGGUUUUCUGGUAGCUUUAGCAUUUUAUUGAGAAUAAAAACAAUGUUAAUGGAUAUUGUCAUUAUGAGAACAAUGAGUGAAGAAAGUCAGGAGAAUGUAAUCUGCAGCUGAUUAACUUGAAACUUUUUUUCCUUGACAAGUGAAUGAAGUUUGGUAUUUGCACAAUCAUUGUCUGUCAUCUCUGAUGUAAGAAACUUGAUGUCUGGAAAGUUGCUGUACAGCUUUUUUUAGAUGGUGUAAAGUCAUUGUUGUAAUAACUCAGCAGUGUAUAUUUCUCUGUCAUCCAGAUAACAGUCUUGAUUUCAUGAGAGAUUGAAUGACAUGUAAAAAAAAGAAAGAAAAACAGCAACAAAAUAAAAUGGUUUCCAGUA